AGGACAGUGGACAGCGGUGGAAAGAAAGGCGGACUGAUGACAGCUGUCAGUGUAGACAAAAACACUACCAAUCUGUGAAGAGAAAUCGAAUGGCUCUCCCUUAAACCAUCAGAAAUUAAGGGACUACGCCUUGGCAAUAUCUGGAGUUUUUCUUUAGAGGUGUCGCGAAGGUAUUUACAUAAAGUCCUGUCAACUUUCCAGCCUAACAGAAUUGGUGAAGCUACAGUUGCAGUGACAACAUGGGGACGCAAGGCUCUGGUAGAAAGCGUGCGCCACUGAAAGACCGGUUUUCAGCAGAAGAUGAGGCAUUGAGUAGCAUUGCUCGGGAGGCGGAGGCAAGGCUGGCAGCAAAGAGGGCGGCUCGGGCAGAAGCCAGGGAUAUCCGAAUGAGGGAACUUGAGCGGCAGCAGAAAGAGCUUUCUUACCACUCAUCCAGCAGUAGCAACAGAAAAUGGGGUCAGAUCCACCAGUGGAUGGCUGAAACAGAAAAAGCCAGAGCCUCUAGUAGUAGUAGAGCCAGCAGCCGUCAUCAGCGGGGGCUGGAUGAGGACGUCAUGUCGGUCCGAAGCUACAGGUCAACUUCAUCAGCAGUUCGUGACUUGGGGUCUAACAAGAGUCGAUCCAGUUCCCGUAGAAAAGAUGUCUUGUCUGAUGGCCGCUCCACUAGCAGCUCCAUCCUCAAGAGUUCUCGCUCCACUAGUUCUGUGUACAAUGACCUGCAUGGCCAUAAAAAGGCUUCAUCCAGCUCCUCAAAGAAGGACCUGCUGACCGGACUGUACCAUGAUCAAAGGAACUACACCAGCAUUACGAAGACCAAAGCACCACCUCUGUCAUCCACUUCCACCUUUCAGCCACGGGCCACCACUUCCUCAUCCUCCACCACUGGCACAGGGUUGUCUCGCAGCUACAGCAUGGCCUCUAUUUAUGACGACACUGGUCUUUAUGGCUCAGGGUACAGUUCAAAAGCUCCCUCUGAAUACAGCUGGUACUCCUCAGGAGCCAGCUCCACUCGCAGCAGCCCUGCGCACUCUUCCUCAGAUGACGACACUGUCAGCAGUGUGUCACAGGAGCGCUUCAGCAGAGGCCGGAGGGACAGUGCGUCUUCUGAUUUCUCGGACAUUAGCGAGUCAGCUGCUGAUUAUUUCAGCCGCUCCAACCGAAGGGGCAGCAUUGUGUCUGACCUUGAUGAGUUGAGCAUUCCAGAUUUGGACGCUCUGGAUGAAAAAUGUGACAAGCAGUACUCUGAUUAUAGUCGGCCAUCAUCCCGCUGUGCCACCCCAGGCCUCUCAGCAGCUACCCUGGCGUCGCUGGGUGGUACCUCCUCACGACGAGGAAGCACAGACACUGGUAGCAUUUAUGAUCCUGACACCAGUUUGAGCGAACUUAGGGAUAUCUAUGAGCUAAAGGACCAGAUUCAGGAUGUAGAAGGGCGGUACAUGCAAGGGCUUAAAGAGCUGAAGGAGUCACUUGCGGAGGUGGAGGAGAAGUAUAAGAAAGCAAUGGUAUCGAAUGCACAGCUGGACAACGACAAAGCCAACCUCAUCUACCAGGUGGACACACUCAAGGACGUCAUAGAGGAGAUGGAGGAACAAAUGGCAGAGAUGAGGAGAGAGCUGGAAGACAAGUCAAAGGAGCUAGAAAGACAAAAACACACAUGUUCGGUUCUGCAGCAUAAACAGGAAGAGUUGAAAGAGGGAAUCCGCCAAAGAGAUGAGCUUAUAGAGGAGAGCCAGCGAAUGCAGACUAAGUUAGACGCCCUUACCAGAGAGGUGUUUGAUCUUCAGGAAACGAUAAACUGGAAGGACAAAAAGAUUGGGGCCCUAGAGAGGCAGAAAGAAUACUUUGAUUGCAUUAGGAAUGAAAGAGAUGAGCUCAGAGAUGAGCUUGCUGACAUCAAGGGGAAGUCCAAAGCAGGAGAGAAACACGGACUGGUCAUCAUCCCAGACGGCACGCCAAACGGAGACGUCGACCACGAGCCUCUUUCCUCAGGAAUAACUCUGGUAUCCCAGGAGGCCGCCCAAGUGCUGGAGUCUGCAGGGGAGGGCCCACUGGAUGUCAGGCUACGGAAGUUGGCAGAGGAGAAAGACGAACUGCUGGCUCAGAUCAGGAAGCUGAAGAAUCAGCUGGAGGAGGAGAGACAAAAACACUCCAAGGUGGACAGUGCUUAUACAGAUGGGGAGAGGAUGGAGAACGGUACGGACCUGCACGUUAUUGAGAUGCAGAGGGAUGCCAACAGACAGAUUAGUGAAUAUAAAUUCAAGCUUUCAAAGGCAGAGCAGGAAAUUGGUACAAUGGAACAAAAUAUGAACAGACUUGAAGGGCAAGUGUCCAGGUACAAGGCAGCAGCUGAUAACUCUGAAAAAAUAGAAGAUGAACUCAAAGCAGAAAAACGGAAACUUCAGAGAGAGCUGCGCACGGCUUUAGAUAAGAUAGAAGAGAUGGAGAUGACCAACAACCAUCUAGUAAAGCGCCUGGAGAAGAUGAAGGCCAACAGGAACGCCCUUCUGUCUCAGCAGUGAGGCCAGGCAGCAUCACCACAGAAGCCCUUAAACUCGCCCCUCAGACCUCUGACUGCCAUACCGUUGGGAGCUCAUUUCCGUCUUCAGCUGUAACACUUUAAGAUUUGUAGCUAACCAAAAAAAGAAAAAGAAAAAAAAAAAAAACACUUAAACUUGUAGCACAGGUUAAAAUUGAACUGCACCCUUUUUUGGUUUUUUGUUUUCCACCCGGAAACAUUUGUUUUGUCCGGUGCUUUUUUGGAGGAAUGGCUCAGAAGCCAAGCUAAGUCACAUAUUAAAGUUACUGGGAGAUACAUCUGAGGACAUUUUUCUUGUCACUACUAAGACCUUCAGACCUUUCUACUACAUCAUCUUCUCAAGGAGACUUCAUUUCCUUCUGACUUUUUUUUUAUAUAUAUAUAUAAGUUGCAUGAAUGGGUAUAAUGAUGCUUUUAAACUAUUAAACCUCUGUGGCUGCUCUGAGCCUCGCACCUUCCCAGCUUCCCCUCACACAGUGAAGUGCCUUUUCACACUAGGAGACUGGGAGUCUGCACCGCUCAACAAAACAGUAAAUGUUUUAACAGGUACAAUAUGAUGUAUUUUAAAAAGGAAAAAAAAGGUGCCGUUGUUAUUUGAAAUGAUGGAAAACCAACUGUGUCUGCUGCGGUUUAAUUUUUCAAAUAUUUAAAAUAUUUCUUGGGAAAUAAAUGUGUAAUUUACA